AUGAAUAAAAUAGCUAAUGAUUUAGCACAGAUAGCUUCAGGAGUUAGGGUGCCGAGUGGUAUGAAGGAAAGAGUAAUAAAGAUUACACGCCGAUCUCUUCCAUCAACUGAAACAAGAAAUCAAAUUAUGGAAGAAGUCUUUGCCACUGAUGUUGCCGAAUUGGAUGAUAAUGAUUGGCGAAUCCCUUACAUCUUGUUCUUGCAACAUCUAACUCCUGAAGCCGAUCGAAGAAUUAAAAGAAGUGCAGUCGAUUAUGUGCUUAUGAAUGGAGAUUUUUAUAGAAGAUCGGCUGAUGAUGGUUUGUUAUUUCAGUGCAUUAGCAAGUUUGAAGGUUUGAAGAUUAUGGCUGAGGUACAUGGAGGGAUAUGUAGAGCACACCAAGCUAGCAUAAAAAUGAGGUGGUUGAUACGCCGAUAUGGAUAUUAUUGGCCAAGAAUGAGAAAAGAUUGUAUGACUUAUGCAAAAGGCUGUAUAGAUUGUUAA